AUGACCCAAAAUCGGCGCUUUCCAUUUCAACGCACACAAAUGCCCAUUUCCUUAGACAAUUUCACAACAAACGAGCAGCAAUUGUAUCCAAUAAUUCGGCAAUACACAUCGGUUUGUCGACAUGUGCACAAACAAACACGUUAUGAACAGAUCCAAGAUGUUCCUGAUCAAGAUCGCACACGCUUCAAUGAAGUUAUACAUAACCUCAAGCAGGAACAUGAUAACUACAUGGCUGACGAAAACAAUUUUUCAGCAUUACGCGAACAUGAUCUUCAACAUUGGAAAGAUGUGAAUUAUCGAUGGCAGACAUACUAUCGAGAAGGGAUGCGAAAACAACAAGAAAUAUUUACUGAUCUCCUGAAAAGUUCUCAAAGAUAA